UUUCCUUGUCGCUAUUCACCUACCGAAUUCAUUUGGCAAAGAAGGUACAUUUCUGAAAGUGUCAUAUGUUGGUCUGAAGUUUUCUGACAGUAGACUAAGAAUACAAUAAACUGCAAGCAGCACAGUACGAUUUGUGUGGGAUUUUCAACCGUUUCUGAAAUGGGUGUGGCGCUCAUUCUGUCCUGCCUUGCAGCGAUGGCAUACAGCAGUCCUGUCCAGGUGCGUCAUUCGCCCCAGCAGCUCCUCGACCACCAGAUCCGGCUCCUCCAGCAGAAACAUGCCAGUGGAGGAUCUUGCAAAGAGAUUUCAGGGGCUGUGGCUCCACCAGCACAGACUGGUCAGACUGCACAGGUGCCUCGAUUACCGAAGUCCGUGUCCCCCGUGAACCAGGCCAGCCCAGCAGGCAGCCAGGUGCUCCUUCCCACACAACCCAACAACCAGGCAUGGCAACCAGGCAUACCUUUCAUGGUGCCUCUGCAGCCCAACUCUCAGACCCCCCAGCUGGCAUUCCAGGGCCCCGUUCCACCGCAGUAUGUUCAGAUGUUGUCCUAUGGAUCCUUUCCCUACUUUCACACUCAAACAGGACAACAAAUACCGCCAGUCGUCUACAUGUACCCAACGGGUGGUCUGUCUACAGGGUUGAGUUCAGAAGAGUUAGCUGGGAAGCCAGCCAGCGUCAUGCCCAGGUUUGGAGUCUACAUGCCUGAUUUCGGUGGAAAUGUGCCAGCCUUCCCAAAAGCAUCCACUACCAACCAGGCGGUACAUCCCAGUGUGGUUGCCAUACCAGAUCAGGUUGGAGGGCUUCCAGUACCUGGUGUUCCAGCUCUGGGUGUGGAGGCUGCUCCAUCCAGCCCCGUGCAGCUGGCUGUGGGUCCAGAUGUUCUGAAGCAACCCUCACACCAGAAGAAUCCUCAGGAUCUGUACGCAUGGACCACAGCCAUGCCCAGGGAUCCAGUCCCCAACGUGUCACCUUCCCCCAGCACCGCAGCGACAAAGAGCCAAUCUGUCAUCUAUCCAUAACUGUACAUUUCACGUAUUCAUGCCUAUAAACUACAUUCUAUCUUCUAGAUAAUCAUAUAGAUGCAAAUGCUUUAAGAACUAAAACAAAAUGGUGCAGUAUGAAUUUGGUUCUGCUUGCAGUGGUCGAUUAAGGAAACGUCACUAAUUUUUCAAGGCAUCCUUCCAUACAUAACAAUGCAAUAAUUUUUAAUUCAAUAACUAUUGCAAUAAAUAUACUAUGAACUGUAAGUAUAUGCUGGUGGUGUUUAUUUUGUAGAGCUCAUUGUAUUCUCACUAACUGCAGUAUUUUUACUUAUGUCAUGCUGUGCAGCAGUGAUUCCCAGAUGUUUUUCGUGGCAGCUCUAAACACUGCUACCUGUAGAGUUAA